AUGGCCAACCAGCAAGGUCUCGAUCACCUCUCGAGAUUCGUGCUGCAACAAACAAUCGACUACUUCGACAACUUCUGGAAGACCUCCAAGGUAUGGGAGCCGUACGAGCGCGUCUCAAUAUUCGAGAAGCUGCCGAUCCCGUACUGGAGCCCCGCGAGGCCGGACCCUGCCCUGGAUGAGGACCAGCAGGCAGCGGUGACGGCCGCAAGGCGCCGCGACUUGCCGUUCCACCGGGUGACGAGGUCCGACGCGGCCGGCGGGGACGCGCUGGAGGAGCGGAUGAGGGUGUUCUUCGAGGAGAGCGGCUACACGUUCGUCAAGAUCCUCGGCGCCGGGUCCCAGGGCGUGGCCGCACUGUUCGAGUUCGCCGGGCAGAGGGUCGUCAUCAAGUGGAGCCAGGAGCUGGCGGCCCUGGCCACGGAGAUGUGGGCCAUGAGGAAGAUGGUCGGCGCGAGGCAUAUCGUCCAAGUGAGUGAGUCUUCCGUCAAGACGGGCUUCUUGGUCCCCAAGAUUGAAGCUGGGGUUGCCGGCGCUGCCCUGCCCACGGACACGGGCAUCAUCGACUUCGACAUGAACGACCGCAACGUCAUGAUCGGGGAUCUCGGCGCCGACCCGGGCCCGGGCCACCCACAUGACCAGGUGCCGGUGGUGAAGGUAGGCGACCUGGGCGUCGUCACGCGCCUCCUGCCGAGGCACCGCGACAACUUCUUCGUGCUGGUCGCUGGAAGGUUGCGAGGGAACAUGUGGUACCACUUCCCCGAGCAGUUCACUGAGACGUGGAAGAACAUGGACGGUAUGGAGUCGCUUGCGGCGGACGAGGUGGCUGGGAAGUACGGCUGGACCUCGAACCUCUGGCAGGUCGGGCGUCUCAUGACCAUCAUGAUAGCAAGGGUGAUCCCCAACGUCCCCCCAACCUGCACCCAGAGCGAAAUUACCAAGCCGGACGGGACGACCCAGACUAUUUGGACGUACUCGGGCCACCUCCUCGGCGAGCAGUUCGACCACUACGACCCAUUACUCCGCUCGACCGUCGCCUGGUGCAUGGCGCACCGCCCCGCGGACAGGCCCGGCAUCCUCGAGCUCGAGCGCCUCAUCACCGACGCGGUCGCCGUCGACCGCUCCGCCGCCGAAGCACAGGGCCGCGUCUCUAUCCGCGAGCUGCUGGGGGUGCCGCCCGCAACCGCAACACAGGUGCCUUCUGCGGUCCAGGAUCCUCCUGCCGUGCCUCCGGCCCCGGCGGCUGCUGGGACAGCUGGACCCCCUGGGACCGCUGCACCGGGCGGGUCGGGUGGGCGUGGAGAGCGUGGAGGCGGUGGGCGUGGAGCGCCAUGA